CAGAUGUCACUUCGUGGAGGGAAGUGAACGGCCGCCCCGCGAUAAUCUCUCGCUUCGUGGAGGGAAGCCAUUGAAGCGCAGAGGUGCAAAACGGGAAGCAAUUUCGAGCAGCAGCUCCUUCUCAUCCAUGGCUACUGACUCUACAGUCAAGUAUGGAAUCAUUGGGGUGGGGAUGAUGGGCCGAGAACACCUCCUUAAUCUCUACCAUCUUCGCGACCAAGGCGUCGCGGUUGUCGCUAUAGCAGACCCGCACGCUUCAUCACAGCGCCAAGCCCUCGAUUUAGCACACUCACUCGGCUGGCGUAUCGAGGUUUUCUCAGGGCACCUGCAGCUUUUGGAUAGUGGACUUUGUGAUGUAUUGGUUGUCUCAUCUCCAAAUAUGACUCACUAUCAAAUUCUAAUGGAUAUCAUCAACCAUCCCAGACCUCAUCAUGUACUUGUGGAGAAGCCGUUAUGCACAACUGUUGCUCACUGCAAAGAGGUUGUGAUGGCUGCAAAAAAGAGGGAGGGGAUUCUGGUUCAAGUUGGACUGGAGUACAGAUACAUGCCGCCAGUAGCUAAACUGAUUGACAUAGUUAAGGGUGGGAAUCUUGGACAGGUUAAAAUGGUGGCAAUUCGUGAACAUCGAUUUCCUUUCUUGGUUAAGGUCAACAACUGGAACCGGUUCAAUAGUAAUACGGGGGGAACUCUGGUGGAGAAAUGCUGUCAUUUCUUUGAUCUGAUGAGGCUGUUUGCAGGGGCAAAUCCUAUCCGUUUGAUGGCAUCUGGAGCAAUUGAUGUUAAUCACAAAGAUGAAAUAUAUGAUGGGAAGGUUCCAGAUAUACUUGACAAUGCAUAUGUAAUAGUUGAAUUUGACAAUGGUUCGCGAGGGAUGCUGGAUCUUUGUAUGUUUGCCGAGGGAAGUAGAAACGAGCAGGAGAUAUCGGUUGUUGGUGAUAUAGGAAAGGGAGAGGCUUUUGUUCCUGAAAACAUUGUUAGAUUCGGCACUCGAGUUAACGGGAGAGACGGAGUCGAAACAUUAAAAGCAGAGGAUGGCAGAAUCAAGUACGAAGGUCUGCAUCAUGGAUCUAGCUAUUUGGAACACAUGAACUUUUUGUUUGCAAUCAGAGCUGGAGAUGGACGAGUUCCUGCAGUAGAGUUGCGAGAUGGAUUGAUUUCAGUUGCCAUGGGAGUUGCUGCACAACUUUCUAUAGAGAAUGGUCGAUUUGUCACCAUUGCCGAAGUCAUGGAGGACUUGUAGGCAAGUUCUUAAACCAGAAUUGAAUUUGUGUUUGUUUCCCAGCAGAAAUAUGAUCAUAUUUGAUUGUUUUUCUAAAAAAGAGGGAAAAAGAAUGAAAUGCAAGAGUGAUUAGUGUGGGUGCUAUAGGAGUUCAUUGGUCAAAAAAUGGUAAUGGACGACAUUUCAUGCCUAAAAUCGUAUAAAUGACUUUGGCUUAUUUUAA